CUCUCUCGUCUGCGUCAUGGCUGCGGCGGGGCUGGAGCGGGCCCUACGGGAGGCUGCGGCGGGGCCGGAGCGGGUCGGGGAGGAGGCGGCGGCAGCGCUGGGAGCAGUGCGGACUGCGCUGGCGGCGGCGGGGGGCGCGGCAGCCCUCGGGAAGCGAGAGCGGGCACUCUUUGGAGCCUUUUUGCGGAGCCUGGCCGGGGCGCCCCGCGCUGCGCGGCCCGAGGGCGUGUGGCAACGCUGCUUCCUGGAAGGGCCGCCCGUGCCCGUGUUCUGCGUCCUGCUGGAGACCCUCGGCUGCCCACGCCCUAGCUUACAUCCGAGAGAGGUGGUGGAGGUUCUGGAGCAGUUCCUGCAGGAGGGACGGAUGUUGGCUCUGCUGUGGGAGGUCUGUCAGCAGCCAGUCCAGGCUGGCUCCCAGGAGCCGCAAGAGGCCCUGCUCAACAGGAUUGUGUGUUUGCCCAGCCACGUGAGCAAUAAACUGGAGGGGAAAAACCCACCAGUGUUCUUCCCCCAGAACUACUUCCCUCUCUUGGGUGGUACAAUUAUCCAGGUGCUGCAGAAGAUCUCUGAUUCUCUAAGAGGUGGCUUGGAUUGCUCAAUCUCUUUUGUUUCGCAUGUCGUGGGGAAGGUAUGCACUCAUGGAAGACAAAAGGAAAUCCUGGGCAUUCUGGUGCCCGGCCUGAUGGAGCUCACCAAGUCAGACUGCAUCUGGCAAAGAAUUUGCUGGCGACUGGUUGAAUGUGUGCCAGACCGCUGGAUGGAGGCGGUGGUCCUUGGUUUUGUGCAGCAAACACCUGGGGCAGAUGUCCUGUCUAGGUUGCUGGGAAACUUGGUUGUGAAGAACAAGAAAGCUCAGUUUGUGGUGACACAAAAGGUGGUGCUCUUGCAGUAUGGCCACACGACUGCAGUGCUACAGAACCUCCUUGGCUACCUGGCUGUGGAUAGCCUUCGGCGUGCCUUGUUGAUCAAAGUGCUGCAAGAACUAUUGGAGACAUGGAGCAGCAGCAGUGCUGUGAGACACUCGCCACCUGAGCAGCAGCAGUAUAUCAGCAAGGCCAUACUUAUCUGCCUCUCCCACCUGAAGGAGACUGAAAUCGAGAGCUGCAGACAAGAGCUUCUCACAAGCAUGAUGGAGGGUGUGAAAUGCCACUUGGACAGCAGCCUGCCACAAAUACGGCGUCUGGGCAUGAUUGUGGCAGAGAGCAUUAGUGCAAAAAUAAACACUGAUGGGCCCGUCCUGAAGUUUCAGUAUGAAGAAGAUGAUGAAGCAAGAGAGCUGAAGUCCCUCCUGGUGCAGACUCCACCAUUCUGUGCUGUCCCCAGCCUUCCACGUGAUGACAGGAAUGAGAAAGCAGACACUGCACUACCAGUGGUAUUGGAAAGUAAUGACAAAUCACAUACAGCAGCCCCUGUGAUGCCGGAUGAGGAGCUGGACACUGAGAUUGACAGUGAUGAUGACCUCAUCCCUUAUGACAUGUCAGAGGAUAAAGAAGUAAAGAUUAAGGCUCCUAUGUAUAUCCGAGACUGUAUUGAAGUCUUGACAGGAUGUGAAGAUAUGGACAAAUGGGAAGCUGCAAUCAAGGCUCUUGAGAGCUUGGUUCGAAAGAAUCCAGAGGCAACAAGAGAGGUUAGCGUGGAGCUGGCAAAGAUACUGCUGCAUCUGCAGGAGAAAACCUGUAUUGAAGGCUUUGUGGAGCUCCGACAGAGAGCUCAAGUAGCUGUUUUAACCACAGAUCCAAUACCUGUGACAAAGUACUUGACAUCCCAAUUCUAUUCUCUGAACUACAGUCUUAAUCAGCGCAUGGACAUUCUUGAUGUAUUGGUUUUGUCAGCUCAGGAGCUGUCCCAUCCCAAAUCCCAUUGGAAGACCAAGCAUUCUGGUGCCCCAAAACCUUGUAUCCAGCUCCUUCCUGAAAGUGACAGCUCUAAGGACUGGAGAAGAAUUGUUGAUGAGAGAAUCAAAAACAAGACUCGGAGAUUUGCUACGGGUCAGUCUCAAGUGGAACUGGCUUCCAGCCCAAAUGAGUUCAAUUCUGUUGCUGGACACUUCUUUUUUCCAUUGAUUCAGCACUUUGACAGGCCUCUGACAACAUUUGAUCUCCUGGGGGAAGAUCACUUUGUUCUUGCAAGACUGGUCCACACUUUAGCAGUCUUGAUGUAUUUGGCUGUCAACACUGUGGCAGUUGCUGCAAUGGGAAAGGCACUGCUGGAGUUUGUUUGGGCUCUGCGCUUCCACACUGACUCGUACGUGCGCCAGGGCCUUUUGUCCUGUAUCGCCUCCUUGCUCUUCAGUGUCCCUGCAGAGUGUCUUCUGGAAGACAUGACAGAAGAGCUUUUGGAGACUCGGUCUUGGCUGGGAGAUGUGGUGGAGAAAGAUCCUGAUGGGGACUGCAGGAGACUGGCUUUGCAGAACUUGCUGUUCAUGGAGAACCUGAAAAAGAAACUCCAAACUGCCCCUUCCUAGCUGGAGGAUAAAAGAAAUGACCUUUUUCUUGUGCUCCUGCCAGCUGGAUGUGUGUAGGCGCUGCCUGGGCCUCCAGCAGUCAUCUGGCUGGAGGAGGGGAAGAAAGGGGAAGGGUGCAGAGCUGUGAACUAGCAAACCUGACUUGACAUCUGGACUUUGUAGUGGAGGCCAACUUAGUGAGCUACUGCUAUCCGGUACAGCGUGUACAGAUGCAGGAAGGUAGGCAAGUGCUGCCAUCCUCCACCCACCCCCACCCCUGUUAUUUAUAACCUUGGCAGGUUUGAGUGCUCUUCUAAAAAUACAGGGAAGAUCUCAUAGCAGGCUUCUUGUCAGAAAAAGAGAGGGUGGAGGGGGCCACGCACCUCCAGGGCUAAGGCUCCCAUGUCUUCCAGCUGUUAGCAUUUGGUCCAGUAGUUCCUGGUCUGCUGUUGGAGGGGUAUACAGAAUGCCACUGCUGGUGAGAUGCAAACUGGACAGCUGAAGUUCUGAACAUGUGCCAAGCCUUAAAGGCUUGAGCUAAAGCUGCACAGUGGUUAGGGGAGAACAUAGCAGGAAUUCUUUUUGUAUCAUCUUAGUACAGAAAUAAGUUUCUAUUAAAGGACAGCUAACACUCAGAUUUUUGACCUUAAAAUCUGUCCCUCCCCUUCUUUCCUGAAAGCAUACAGUUCAGAAACUUCACAUUCACCCCAAGUUUUGAAGCAAGUCACAAAACAGGAAAAAGAAAAUCCCUUCUCAGCAGAAGGGCUGGCAGGUAGUAUGAAAUGUAUGAGAGAGACCUUCAUGGGCAGGAUGACAGGCUUAAAGGUGAGCAAAGUCUUGGUUGCUUACGCUGGGGUUCACUUCUCAUGUGAAGCCCAGCUUCUUCCCAUGCCUGGGAAGAAAUUUGCAGCCUAAAGCCUGAUUAGUACAGUGCAGCUUGACAUAACUGAUGUUUGGAAAAGAAACUUCAAAGUGAAACAGCUUGAGCCAUGGGAUUAGAGCAGAUGUGACCUCAAGGGGUCCCUUCCACCCAAACCAUUCUGUGAGUCUAAGGUUCAGUCAGAUUUCUGUAAGUGGCUCUAGCCUGUGUGACCCUGUAAUAUAUUUAAACACAAAAACUUUGCUUUGGAGGAAGGCUCCUCCAUUCUGCUGGAGUUUGACUGGACUUUUAGCCAAGCUCCUACCCAAGCAAGAUAGGGAUUGUUUUCAGAAGUUGUGACUUCCAGGGAAUGACCAGUCAGUUUGCACCUCAGCAGAUCAAAGCUGGACUUGAAAACUUUUGUCACCUCAGGAGCUUUCACCUCAGUUACUCAGCUCUUUUCUGUACUUGGAAAAAGACCUGAAGUUACAAUAUACAGUCCUUGUUGGGUUUAUUUCCCCCUCAAAUUCAUUAAAAUACUAAAACCAGCUUCAUAA